AUGAUACUUGCCGAAAGUACUACAUUACCAUGCGGUUUGAGCCUGCCAAACCGUAUUUGCAAGGGUGCAAUGGCUGAAACUAUGUCCACCACUCACAUACCUGAUGAGUCGUUUUUGAAGGCGUAUGGCGCCUGGGCUGAUGGUGGUUGGGGAAUGAUAAUAACAGGAAACGUCCAAGUGUCUACCAAAUACUUAGGAAACGACAAGGACGUAGCCCAUAACUCCAACCCCACAGAGGCCACCAAGGCCAUCUGGAAAUCCUGGGCCGCAACCUGUCAACGUUCUGGAACACCCACCAUAGUUCAAAUAUGUCACCCUGGUCGCCAAUCACCUCUUAUGGCUGGAGACCGUGGGUUUUUUGAGAAAACUGUUGCUCCUUCUGCGGUCCCUUUGAGAUUAGGAAAAAGUCUCAUUGAACGAGCUGCUUCUAAAUUGAUAUUCGGUACACCACGUGAACUGACGAUUAAUGAUAUCACUGGACCUGGCGGUAUCAUUGAUGAGUUUGUGGUGGGUGCAAAACAAUGUUACGAGGCGGGAUUUAAAGGGGUGGAAAUUCAUGGCGCUCAUGGCUAUUUAUUAGCACAAUUUCUCUCUCCAUCUUCCAAUAUUCGCACUGACGAGUUUGGAGGUACAGCUAAAAAAAGAGCCGAGAUCGUGGUACGCAUUAUCAAUGCAAUCAGAAAGCAAACGAGUAAGGAAUUCUGUAUCGGGAUCAAGAUGAAUAGUGUCGAUGCAUCCUCCAAUGAGUCCUUGACCGACAGCAUGGAGCAAAUCCAAUGCGUAGUAGAAGCCGGAAUUGAUUUUAUCGAGAUCUCGGGUGGUACCUACGAGAACCCUCGUAUGAUGGAGGGAGACGCACCCACCAAAAAAUCCUCAACAUCUUCCCGCGAAAGUUUCUUCCUCGAAUUCGCCAAAAGCGUGCGUGAACAAUUCCCUUCCGUGGUCCUCAUGGUCACCGGUGGCUUCCGCACGAGAAUUGGCAUGGAAGAUGCCUUACAGUCAGGAGCGUGUGAUCUUGUCGGAAAUUAUCCUUAA